AUGAAAAAUUUUAGAAUUUAUUUAGUUGGAGAAUCAAAUAGUGGAAAAUCUUCGAUUAUUAAUGCUUUAAAAAACAAGCCAUUUAAUUUUAACAUUUCUUAAACUAUUGGUGUGGAUUAUUGGAGCUUUACAAAAAAUCAAACCAAAUUUGAAAUUUAUGAUACAAGUGGAUUGAAAAAAUUUGAAUAAGCAACUAUAUUAGGUAUGAAAAGCGCAAAUUUAAUAAUUAUAUGCUUUGACCUAUGUUCAAGUACAGCUUAUCAAGAUGUAGAAAAAUGGUUGAAUAUUGUUCUAACUCAUAAAUCAGUAACACAAACUAUUAUUAUUGGAAAUAAAAUGGAUAAGUAACUAUAAAAGAAAAAUGAAAACAUAAGACAUUUGAUUCAAAAUUAUUCUUUCUAUAAAACAUCAGCACUAAAUUCCAAAAGUGUUAAGAAAGUGUUUGAGGAUAUAGUUCAAAAUUUAUUAAUAACUAGCCAAAUAGUUGAUAGAGUUGAAAUAAGCCCCAUGUUAGUUCAAGUAUAAAAGAGAAAUUGGUUAUGCUUAUGUUGA